AUGGUUCUUUCUCAAAUUGACUAUUUUUUUGCAGAUGAGACAUCAACUUCUCCCUUGUUUGGUUUCAUAGACCUUUUCCUAGGUUUAACAUUUUUCAACAAAAUCCACAAGUUUUUCUCGAGUUUAUGGUUUUACCUUUUCUGUCAACUUCAUUACGGUAGCUCUUCAGAGGUGAGACUGGAGAAGAAGGUUUCAGAAUCUAAUGAGCCAAAUGCUGGAAGAGAAAGUGGCGAGAUGAUUAUAGAAAGAGAUGAAGUGAAAAUGGUGAUGGAAAGAAUGGGAUUUUUUUGCAGCUCAGAAAGUGAGGAGCUUGAUGAAAAGUAUGGUUCCAAGGAGCUAUGUGAAGUGUUUGAGGAGAAUGAGCCAAGCUUGGUGGAAGUGAAGCAAGCUUUUGAUGUUUUUGAUGAGAAUAAAGAUGGUUUUAUUGAUGCAAUGGAGUUGCAAAGAGUUCUUGUUAUUUUGGGAUUGAAACAAGGAUCAGAGUUUGAGAACUGUGAAAAGAUGAUCAAGAGAUUUGAUGAGAAUCAAGAUGGAAGAAUUGAUUUCAUUGAAUUUGUAAAUAUUAUGAGAAACCACUUUUGCUGA